CCCCUCCGCGCCUCCCGCGGCCCCUUCCCCGCUCCUCCCGCACCCUCCGCACGCAGCGCCAGGUCAUGAUUUUCAUUUUCUCGUGUCAGUCUCUUGAAGAGAGGAAAUGAUUGUAGUGGAACGUGUUACAAAUAAGCCACUGAGACGGAGCCUUCGCAGUUCAGAAACGUUCAUAGAAGAGCAAAUAUAGCCCUUUUUUGUUUGUGUGCUGGAAUCUGUCUUGUUAAAAAGGGAAAUAAAAAUGACGACUUCGUCUAUUAGACGGCAGAUGAAGAACAUUGUGAACAAUUAUUCAGAGGCUGAAAUAAAAGUUCGGGAAGCGACCUCUAAUGACCCCUGGGGUCCCUCCAGUUCAUUGAUGACUGAAAUAGCAGAUCUGACUUACAAUGUUGUGGCCUUUUCUGAAAUUAUGAGCAUGAUCUGGAAACGACUGAAUGACCAUGGCAAGAACUGGCGACACGUAUACAAGGCCCUUACUCUGUUAGAUUACCUGAUUAAAACUGGUUCUGAGAGAGUGGCGCAACAAUGUAAAGAGAAUAUUUUUGCUAUCCAGACGUUGAAAGAUUUUCAGUAUAUUGAUCGAGAUGGUAAAGACCAGGGCAUCAAUGUGAGGGAGAAAUCCAAGCAGCUAGUGUCUCUUCUGAAGGAUGAUGAGCGACUCAAGACGGAGAGGGCCCAAGCCCUGAAGACCAAAGAACGCAUGGCUCAGGUGGCCACUGGAGUGGGUAGCAAUCAGAUCACCUUCGGCCGAGGCUCCAGUCAGCCAAACCUAUCCACCAGCUACUCGGAGCAAGAAUAUGGAAAGUCUGGAGGAUCCCCAGCAUCAUACCAUGGCUCUACAUCCCCUCGAGUUUCCUCGGAGCUCGAGCAGGCCCGGCCUCAGACAAGUGGAGAAGAGGAGCUCCAACUGCAGCUCGCACUGGCGAUGAGCCGGGAAGUGGCGGAGCAGGAGGAGCGCCUCAGACGCGGAGAUGAUCUGAGAUUACAGAUGGCUCUGGAGGAGAGUCGCAGAGACACAAUUAAAAUUCCCAAAAAGAAGGAGCAUACCACAUUGUUGGACCUAAUGGAUGCCCUGCCCUCGUCGGCACCAGCCCCACAGAAAACAGAGCCUUGGGGACCUCCUGCUGUUGCAAACCAAACUGAUCCCUGGGGAGGAUCCACAGUUGCAGCUACUGCCUCUGACCCAUGGCAAUCAUUUGGUGCCAAACCAGCUGCUUCCGUUGACCCUUGGGCAGCACCAGCAGGAUCCGCAGCUCAGUCUGUGUCCAAAAAUGUGGACCCUUGGGCUCCUGCUCAGCCAUCUUCUACUGCAGCAAAGUCUUCUGUGGAUCCUUGGGGACCAGCACCUGCAAACAAACCUCUCUCUACUUCUGGAAGUACAUCUUUUGACCUCUUCAGUAAUUUGAAUGGUACAGUUAAAGAUGAUUUUUCUGAAUUUGACACACUUCGAACUUCCAAAAAGCCAGCUGAAUCAGGUUCCACUUUGCCAUCUCAGCAUAGCGGUACCACAAGUCCUGAUCUCUUUGAUUCCCAGCACUCAAGCAUGGCAUCAGGCAAACAAAGUGCAGCUCGGAAAACCCCUGAGUCUUUUUUGGGCCCCAAUGCUGCUUUGGUGAACCUGGAUUCACUGGUGUCUAAGCCGCCGCAACCUGUUACUUCACUAAAUCCAUUCUUGGCACCAGGCGCUGCUGCAGCACCAACUCCAAUCAACCCCUUCCAAGUGAAUCAGCCUCAGCCGCUCACUCUAAAUCAGAUGCGAGCGAGUCCUGUGAUGGGAACCAGCCCUUCUUUCAGUGCUGUGCCACCGAUAAGCAUGGAGCCAAUACCUCUGUCUUCCAUGGCCCCAGUGCCUGUGGGAAUGGCACCGAUACCAGCGAUGGGCACUGUGGCGUCUAUAACGAGGAUGGGCCAGGGGCUGAACGUGAGCAUUGCAGGAUCAAUGGCCCAACCUCUUCACAGUACAGGAAUCCCACCGUCAGCAUCCCAGUCUACAAAUACAACUAACCCUUUUCUCCUAUAAAGACCCAAUUAAAGGAACUUUCUUUUCAUAGUGUUUCCAGGCUGAAGUCUUUACAGCGAAAUGAACGUGGCCUGUGUGGACUGAACGGUGUGUAAGAGACUUGGAAGUAGAUUUGCAGUUUACAGUUAUGAUCUUUGAAGAGUUGUCUCUACUUACCAGUUAAUCUAAAUCUAGUCUUUGCUACAGAUGGUACCUUACUUUGGCUUGUUGAGCAUUAUGUGAAAUGUUCAGACUUUUCACCAAAGUUAGAUUCUGCCCAUUUUGUUACUUUGUUAAUCAUUUCAAUACACUUUCUAGGGAGAACCUGCCAUUUUAAACUCCGUUGGCUAUUUUGUAGAUGUCAGAUGAUGUGCUGGAUCCUGAAAUUACUAUUUACCUGCAUCUGUCACUUCCUAUGCCCAUAUGAUAGACCUGAGAUUCAGAGUGCUAGUGAAUGUUUUGCACAUAACUAUACACAGUUCUAGACUGUUGGUUCACCCAUAGUCCUUACUCUUAGAAGAGAACGAUUCGGAGGGCCCAGGUGGCUGGUUUUUAUGCAUUAAACAUUGCAACGCAAAAUCGCACUGCUUUCGUGUCAGAGGUUUGACCGAGAAAGCAAGCUUGUCUCAAAAGGAGAAAAAAAACAAACCACAGACAAAACACCCAAGAACAUUCUCAAGUUGUCGAGUAUAACGUGUGCUGUUGUAUGCAGUGUUGAAUUUGUACACUACUCUCUAAGGACUCCUGAGGAACUCUCUGUGAGUGGCAUGCUGCACUCGUGCUGAGUGAGUGUCCUGCUCUGUGCUUGUCCAGUACCAGCUUCGUUUGGAAGUUAUCGUGUAUUUUGUUUUUAUUUGACUUACAAUGUGAGUUGAAAGAAAA